AUGUCAUCUGGAAGCUUCGCUCCACUUGUACCUCUUAUUUUUGUUAGUGAAAACUACCACAUUUGGGUAGUGAAGAUGAAGAUGUAUCUUCAAGCAUAUGACUUAUGGGAAGUGGUUGAGACAAACAGAAAGCCAGCACCAUUGCGAGCUAAUCUAACUAUAGCUCAAAUAAGACAACAUAAUGAUGAGUCUGCUAAGAAAUACAAGGAAUUAUCGUGCCUUCAGAAUGGUGUGUUAGAUGUUAUCUUCACAAGGAUCAUGGCUUGUGAGACACCAAAACAAGCUUGGGGCAAACUCAAAGAGAGGUUCCAAGGAACUAAUAACACAAGGCAACAACAACUUUUGAACUUGAAGAGAGAUUUUGAGAACCUGAAGAUGAAAGAGACUGAAAUGAUCAAGAGAAUUGUUGAGAAAGUUAUCACAUCAUUGACAAAGAAGUAUGAGUCCAAAAUCUCAUCCUUGGAGGACUCGAGAGACUUAACAACAAUCUCUUUAUCAGAGCUCAUAAAUGCUCUAUAUGCACUGGCACAAAAAAGAGCAAGCAGAGAAGAUAGGCACACUGAAGGUGCUUUCCAAGCAAGAAAUAAAGAGAGUCUAUGUACUUCGAGCAAUAAAGACAAGAAGAAAUGGAAUGAAAAAAAUAAAGAAAAAAGAGAUGGUGAGAAAAAAAAGUAUCCACCAUGCAGUCAUUGCAAAAAGUCAGGUUUCUCAGAAAUAUUUUGCUGGUUUAGACCUGGUGUGCAGUGUAAAAACUGUAAACAAUUUGGUCAUGUUGAGAAAGUUUGUAAAAACAAAGUGCAACAACAACAGCAGCACACUAAUCAGGCUCUAGCUGCUAAUGAAAAUCAAGCUUAA